AUGAAUUCUCCCAUUCUUUUUCACUCUCCGUCGACCCUCGCCUUGCCUUGCCGUCCCAUAUUCUCCUUCUUCUUCGUCUUGCCUUUUCUCUCUCUGAACCGCCAUGGAUUCGAAAGCUUCAACCGUCGCUCCAACCCAGUCAAAGCCUAAGGAAAAAGACUUCCUGAACCAUCUCGAAGCUUUCCUCGCCAAGCGAGACGGCGUGGACAAGCUCCUCAAAAUCUCUCGUUACGCCACCAAGAUCAUAUUAGCCUCCUCGGUCCUCCCCGAAACGGUCCCACUAACUCGCCGACUCAAGAGCUUCGAGUCGAGCGUCGGACUGAGUCGGAAAGCGUUUCGACUCGGGAAAUUUGUUCAAGACGUCAACGCUCUGAGAAACUCCCAUUUGGAUUCGAAGCAAGAGAUUUUCCUCUCAAUCAUCGCCUACGGCGGCGAGGGUUUGUAUUAUUUCGUCGAACAGUUUAUUUGGUUGGCUAAAUCAGGAUUAAUCGACGCCAAACAUUCUCGCAAUUUGCAAAAGCUCAGUGCUUGGGCUGAGUUCAUUGGGUACAUAGGAAGUAUUAGCCUUAAAUUUAGGGAUUUAAAGAGGAUUAAUGAGGAUGAGGCGUGUUUGAAUUCGAGUAUUGAGAUUGCGGUUUCGAGAGGAGUAGGCUGUAAGGAAGAAGAAGAAGAAAGGAGAAAGAAAUUGAGAGAAAAGAAACUGAUGAAGAAACUUUCAAUUGUUCAAGAUUUGGCUGAUGUGUUAAUGGCGUUGGCUGAUAUUCUAGACGGCAAAGGAAGGUUUUCGGAUCCUCUUGUGGUGUCUUGCGCUGGACUUUUAUCGGCUCUCAUUAGUACCCAUAAAAAUUGGGUUUCUUGCUAGGUAUAAUCACAGGGAACUUGGUUUUCUUUUCAAUUAUUAUUAUUGAAUCCUGAGAAGAAUUUGGGUUCUCUUGAUUUACAUUUCUUUUUACUAAUAAAUACAUAUACAGGCAAUGGAUUGAUAUGAAUUUGUGCUAAGUUCACUCAUGAAUUAAUAAUAUAGUUGUUGACUAUUCCAGGUCA